AUGGCCUCUUCUGCCCCUCCAGCGGCCAUUUCUUGGCGUAACGCCCAGAAGCUACGCAAGCUGCUCGUAAGAGACAUUGGGAAGCUCACGCCCGGCAAUGCUUCUGGCAUCGAUCUUUCCAAGUUUGAAGCGAUAGACAGCAACUUGGACAAGUUCCGCCUUGCCUGUGUAUCCACCAUCUUCCAUGAUAUCGAGUAUGCCCUCUCUCAGAAUACCGAGGAGCAUCUAUGGUCCAUGCACACUUCGGUCAACACCGAGUACCGGCGCAUCCUGGGCCGCCUCAAGCAGUCCUCCCACGCGGUGGAGAAGCGCAAGGUCGAAAAGAUGUACCACAACUUCCUACGCAUCGCCGCCAACUUUUACAAAGGGUUUCUCCAGCGCAUGUGCGCAUACUACGAUAUCCCCGAGCUCAAGAGAGUCGCGCAAGGAAUGGAACUCGACCAAAUGGGCGCCAAAGCCAAUGUCAGCCCGGUCUCGGAAGAGCUGCAGCGCAAGGUCUUGCACUCUUGCCAUCUGAAUCUUAUUCACCUGGGAGACCUGACUCGCUACCGGAUCCAGGCACGGCACAAGAGCUCUGACUAUGAAGCGGCCUUGGUAUACUAUGGGCUGGCUCACCAUAUCCAGCCCCAAUCUGGCUUCGCUUUUCACCAAACCGGCAUCAUUCAUCUUGAACAGGGGAACCAUCUCGAUAUUGUCUACAACUUCUACCGAGCCUUGGCCGUGGAAGCUCCCCACCCCAACGCCCAGCUCAACUUGGAGACCGAGUUCAAAACGGUGCUGGCCCCCAAUGGAUCCAGGGCUCGACCCAAUCCCUCGGUUCCGGAAGCUCAUUUCACAAUGUGGUUUGUGAAGCUGCACGCCUACUUCUACAGAGGAGAAGUGUUCCAUCAGCAGGCCGAGUUGGAAGGCGAAGUGAUGCACCGGCUGGAUAUGGCUUGUCGGAAUCCCGCUUCUCUCGGUAUCCUCCUCAAGAUGGCAAUGGUCAACAUGCUGGCGCACAAUAUAGCCACAACUCAGUCUACCGAGAAGCAGACGGAGACUUCGAUGCGUUUCUAUCACUUUACGGUCCGCUUCAACGCAAUGUUUCUUUCGAUAUUGUGCAAAGUCCUUGAAGCCGAGCUCCGGGAGGCUGUUUCCAGUGCCAAGGGCCUCGAUCAAAACUCGGAUGCUACCGAGGUCGCCCGAGAACAGACGACUCCUGUCGUCGAAGCUCUUCUCCCCGUCUUGCGCGUGUAUAGCAUGUGGCUUGUGGCCCGCCGUGAGGAGAUUUCCGCCCUGGCUGACGCGUUUGGGGCAGCGAUUCCCGGGAUGAUUCAGAGUCUAGCCAAAGUCUUGAGCUUGCUCUGCGCCGAGUUCUACAACCUUGACAACUCAAAAUCUUGCCCCUAUCUGCUCCCGGAAGAUAUCUUGAUCUAUGGAUUUCAGCCACUUGAUGAAAAACAGCUCCCCGAGUACUGCCGAGCCUACUGCGGCGACGACGGCGCCCGCAAGCCUUCUUCUCAGGCUCUAGAAGGCUGCCCCUCCCCAUCGACUGAACGAACUGGAAGAAUUCUCGACAUCAUCCGUUGCGCUUAUUUCUUGGCUAACCAAGCCGCUUUUCCCCUGAUAUAUACAGACUCCAAGGUGGAAGGGACUCUUUUGGUUUUUGAAUACCGGCCCGCUGCUGAGCAGCCACAGGUCCAAUUGGGCGAAGCACAGGAUAUCGCAACUACGACUCCAUCAGUUGGCGUCUUGCCGGCUACAAACGAGGAAGAGACGACCCAGCCCGCGCUGGACUCUCAUGACGGAGCAACAGCGGAUGCGGCGCCGUACUCUGAGGAAAUGCAGCGGGAGGCAAGCCGACGCCUGCUGAACGACUCUGGAAAUGACAUCUAUGAGGACUUAGGAGUGAUGGACCGAGCUACCGAGACGGUGCUCGACAUGGUGGCGCCAUUCUUGCGACCGCCGACGCCAAUGGAGCUCGAUCGAUCGCCGAAGCAAACAUCAUCCGCACACGAUGCUGCUGGCUCAUUGAAGCCCCAGCCGAGUCCCACCUCGUCCAUCGCAUCGCCCAGAUACGAGUCUCUUCCAUGGUCUUGGUUUGGCACCCCUAAUCCGCAUGCCACUCGGGAUUGCGCGCCACCUGUGAGUCGAGAUACGCCAAACAACCACUACCACGCAACGCCCUCUCCCAAUGCGUCUGCGGCGGAAAGCGCACCUCUGGAUGACCCCUUUGCUACGCCUGGUCGCGAUGUAUGGGAGCGCAUCUCGCGCAGCGUGGCCAGCGGAGCAGGCAGCCCCGCAGGCGCAGCUGCUCGAUCCCAUCACCAGGAGCAAUUACUGCAGGCCUUGAAUGGGAGCGCAAGCACUCCGCGGACCUCAUCUUUCAGUCGCUGGGCGCAGAACCCAGGCUCCUUGCCGCCUGGGUUGAACCUGCAAGAGCUGCAGAACUUUGGUGCACUGCCAGUCUCAUCGGGCAGCUCUGCAUUUUCACACCCAAGCAGCCUCUACCAGGGCACUCCGCCAAGCGGUUUGCAGUAUAACGUACAGCCCCCCGUGGAUGCGUUGGCCAUUCUCCGAAGCCGUCUCCUUCUUGAAGGGCGGGCAUUCAAUGACGUUUUUCAGAUCGACCAGACGACGUCAGAUUAUAACAAGGCUGUCAUGCGAUCUGCCUACCAAGAUUCCAGGUAG